AUGUUUUCCCCCCUAGCCUUCCCAGAAGGACGUGUUCUCUACGACCUGUCGACUUCCCUUCCUCCGCCUGCUCACUUGGCCUUGACCCCAUUCGAAGUCUACAGAGAGCCUUUGAUUGUGUUGGGAAUAACAGACGGAACUGACUUUGGAUUAGAACACGCGCAAAGGGAUGGCCAGGUACAAAGGAACGGAGCAGAACCAAGGUUUGGAGGGGAGCACAGAGAGCUGCCUGGUAUUGAGUCGAUUUCCCGUGGCCUCGACGAUCUUAGUCGCCAACAUCCCAAGGCACUGGUACAUCAAGUCCUUGUAUUCGACCAUGAAGAAUUUCCACUACCACAAGGAGUCUACCCAGUGCCGUCGCCGGCAAAAUCGCGAACCACAACAGUCAAAACAGUCAUGUGCGAUAUGACAUCUCGCCUCCUAGGUGCAAUGGCACCGUAUGCAAAGUCACUGCAAGGGUUAACUUCCCUAGACUCCCCAAGGGUCUCUUCAGCGCCAACCUUCAAUGAAGUAGCGUCUGCCUUGCCAUCACACAUGGGCCAUUUGUCCAGAGUCAGCUCCGGCGUUAACUCAAGGUCAUCGUCCCCUGCUGGUGAGCGCUCGGACUUGACUCAUCGUGUGUCAAUGCCUGCUCGUGUUACCUCAGAGAUCGAUUCGCGAUCUUCUACUCCAGACAGUCGAGCUACUUCUCCUCCCAGCGGGAGAAACACACCGCCACCAACGACCAAUGGAUUGACUGGGGCUUCUGCGACCAAGUCACCACCAAGGGAGUCGGGCAACGAAAAAGCAAGGGCGGAAAGUCGAGACAGAACCUCUACAAGCGGUUUCGGCGCCGGCAGUCUUGGAGAAAGGGAGAAAAACAAAGGCAAAGGACGUGUAGGCAUCGUCAUCGGUGCUAUGUACUUACUGGCCGGGCGUUGGCCUGAUGCAGUGAAGGAACUGGUACAGAGUGCAACAAUCGCGAGAGCCAGCAGUGAUUACCUGUGGCAUGCAAAGGCUUUGGAUUACAUCUUGGUCUGUCUUUUAAUGUUUGCUUGGGCAGAGAUGGAUUUUCGUAUUCCCGACACCUUCUAUCCAGGCUCUGAGAAACCAGGCUCAAGCUCAUCCAAAUCAUCCAAAAACAAGCAGUCUGAGAGCCUUGCUGAGAUAGGCGGGAGAAAGUCUUUAGACCCAGAAAAUCGUGCUGCAUCUCUCCAAUCCCUCGCAAGCCUCCUGCCUGACCUGACGAACAACAUCUUAAAUCUCUACUCUCGGGCGUGGACAUUCACAGACGACAAACUUCCCCCACUCGCCUUCUCCCAGUCUGCUAUCCGCUUUGCGAAGCUACUCAGUGUUCUUCACAUCUCGGGCAAGCUAGAUGACAGUGUUCUACGACACUUAGUGCUCAAUACGAAGUUGUCGAAGCCAGUAAUUGAGGGGCCAGAUGCUGCAACCCUUUCAACGAAGCCAGAGCUCGCCGCACUGGCGUUUCGAGCAUACCCAUCGCCUCUCCCAGAUUCAUCGCUAUCAAUUGCAGAUCAUACCAUGAUUCUCGCUGGCAUUGCUUCGGUUCUAUCAGAGCUGGGCUACCAUCGCAAGAAAGCCAUCAUACUGAAAGGACUCAUGUCCACUCUUCUGCCCGCGCUUGUGCAAGCUAGAAAAGAUGGUGCUGCUGAGAUGGGCGUUCAUCCUGCCGCGAGCCUCGCCUCUCUCAAUGCAUCCGCUAGAGCUAUGCCCUCACAGAACAGUAGUAGUGCCAGCGAUGACUCCGAACAAGGCAUGCGGCAUUUUCUCUCCCUUGUUUGCCAAGCUUAUGGCAUACUGCCUCUUGAGCCCAUUGGUAGUAUCAAGCAAAAGGGACGCGAUAAGCAAUCGGUUACGCCAAAGUCAAGGCAGACUCGAGCGAACGAAGCAACUGUUGCACGUGCAAUUCAGCAAGCAUCAAUCAAUGCUAGUGGCUCCAAGUAUCUGAAACUAGAAGUCCUGAGAUCCUGCAUCAACGUAUGUGAGGCCUUGCCAGACCUUGGUGGCGCUCUGCAAUACUCUGCAGAACUACUUCGAGCUGGGGGCAGUAGCAUGGCGCCUGGACCGGAUAGCAGUGAUGGCUCGCCCGACUUGCCCAUCGAAGAACAGAUGCGGCUUGCCAACAACAUCUCUCGGACUCUGAGCGCGGCACGACAUCUUGGCGUCCAGCACCUAGAAGCAGAUUAUUGGGACGACUUCCUGGUACGAGGCAUUGAGGUCGUGGAGACCAAUCAAUCAAGGGCCCUGGUGUCACAUGCCAAACCAGAGCUGGAAGUUGUCGAAACGAUCGAAGCUAAGAAGGAGAAGAAUCCUUUUAUAUACAACCCCUUUUUGAAAAAGUCGUCAGCUGCAGCAGAGCCACUACUGGUAGCGCAGGAAGAAGCUUUCUUCCGAGUGACCCUGCAAAAUCUUUAUGACUUUGACGUCGUGAUAGAACACAUCGAGCUGUUAUCCGAUAGUAUACCCUUCGAAGGUUCGCCUGAAACUACAUUGAUAGGGCCAUACAGGACGCAGACGUUGCUCCUGAGUGGCACACCGCAAGCAGCCGGCUCCCUGUCUAUCACUGGAUGCGCUGUCAAGGUGAAAGGCUGCAGAGAGCGGAUGUUCCCUAUCUUUUCCGAGCCGUGGGCCUUGAAGCCAGACAUCAAAGGCCGGCAUGUUGGUCUGGCACAGAAGUCUCGUCCGAUCUCAACUGCUUCAGAUCCUGUCAAGAGUAAGAUUCCUCCUCCAAAAGGGCCUACUGCCACCAAACUUGCUUUAAAAGUCACGGGGGCACAGCCUAACAUCAGCUUGAAAUCCAUCUCACUGCCUCAAUCGGCCAUUAUGCUCCUUGAUGGGGAGACGAGAACCUUCACUGUCUCCUUCCAAAACACAUCUCGAACCAUACCUAUGGAUUUGGUCCUCCUCUCCUUCACCGACUCAACCGCCUCACAGCUCCAGUCCGCCUUGGCCAACAAAGACCUUUCGCCCGUCGAGCUCUAUGAGCUCGAGUUUGCCUCUGCACGCAAGCAGUCUUUCCGAAGGCACCGCAAAGACAAAGAUCGAGAUCUUAUGAUCGAGCCGGGUGGGGAAGCUACCUUUGAGAUAGAGGUACUGGGAAAACCUCAAUUGUCACAUGGCGCGAUCCAAGUCGACUAUGGCUAUCUUGGCAUUCCUAAGACAGAUAUUAAAGAUCAUUUUUACACUCGACAGCUUGUCAUUCCUCUUACCAUCACAGUCAAUGCUAGCAUCAGUUUCUUGCGCAAUGAUGUCGUCUCUUUACCCAGUGAUUCUGGACGGAGAGACGAGCAAGCUACAACUGACCUGGGCGGCGCUCCAUUCGAAACCAACUAUCCAAACGCCAACCCCAGCCGACUCCACCCACCCAACGACAAUCCCCACUCGCCGUCAUCUCUAGAAUGCCUGCUCCUUCUCGACCUCCGCAACUCUUGGCCAAGCACACUUACCAUAUCCAUUGAACUCCGAUCUUCCAACACCCCUACGAAGACUCAGUCGCGCAUAUUCCACCCCGGCACAACCCACCGCAUCCCCGUCUUCGUUCCACGCCUCCACCUCCCCAACGCCCACGACCCAAUCCCCUCCAUAAACCCCCACAAUGCACGCCAAUUCGUCGUCUCCUCCACGAAGAGCACGCCCGAAGCCGAGCGAGCUAUGCGUGAAGCUUUCUGGUAUCGCGAAGUACUUCUUUCACGACUUCAUGCGACUUGGAAGCAAGAAAGUACCGGCAGGAGUGGGGAGGUGGAGCUUAGAGGGUUGAGAUUGACGCCAAGGAUGAUCUCUGCGCUGAAGCUGGACGACUUGGAAAUAAGCAUGGCUGUUUUACUCGCUGAACCUCACCCUGGCUCUGCAUCCGCUCCAGUCAAGCAGCUCAACCCGACUACUUUCACCGUCCCUACGCAGACUUUCCUCUCCAUAGCCACCACCCUCCGCAACCGCUCCACAACCCCCAUCCACCCACUCCUCCGCCUCCAACCCAGCUUAGCGAACCAACCUCCCGGCAUCGCGCUGGAUUUGGGCAAGAGGUUGCUUGUGAACGGUGUCUUGCAGCGCGUCGUGGAUGUGAUCCCACCUGGGGAGGAGGUGAAGAUUGAAACGGGGUUUGUGGUGCUGAGUAAGGGGAGAUACGAGUGGGGAGCUACGGUGGAGGAGGUGAGGAGUCAGAGCAUGGCUGGCAAGGGUGAUGCUAAGGGGAGCGGGGAGAGGGGGAGAGCUGCUACGGGAGAAAGGGUGCUCGAGGAUGGAGGGAGGCGGGUGUGGUAUGGCGAGCAGCCUUGUACGGUUGUUGCUGAAGAUACGGGUGAAGCUGAGGAUGAGGAGGAGGGUGAGGAAGGAGAGGAAGCUGAAGGCAAUGUAUGA